AUGGCUAGUAAAUAUGAAAUUAUAAAUGAAGAUAAUUCAUCAGUGAUCCAGAAUACUGCCGAGGAAAUACAGUCAGAUAAUCCUUACCCAAUACUCAGUGAUGAAUUUGAUGGAAUUAAUUUGAAAAGGGGUGUAUCAGGAGUCUUUGAAAUUGAAGAUUUAGUAGAAUUGUUGCAGAGAGAAAAUUCAAAGGACAUAUUUGUAGCAAAUGUACCACCGGCAAUAAACUAUGUUGAGUACAUUUGUAUAGUCAGUGGUCAAAGUAAACGACAUGUUUUGGCACUUGCAGAGUUUGUAAGAAGAGUAUAUAAAAAGAAGUGCUUUGAAAGUGACCCUAUACCAAGAAUUGAGGGAAAAGAAUCCAAUGAGUGGAUGGCUUUAGACUUAGGUUGUAUUUACGAUAUGUACUAA